AUGGAUCUCUGCAUCUGUAGUACCAAGGUCACCGGAGAAGUUAAACUGGUCUUCCAAGAAGGCUCUGUGCUUGUAAGUCUCGCAUUUGGGGAUUCGUAUACAUACGUUCAAGGAACACAUGGACACCAGAACUACAGCUUCAUAGGCGACAGCUUUGACUUCUCAUAUGAUGAAGAAACACUUCUUUCAGACAUGAUUGUCCAAAAUCAGACAGGAACUGCCGAAGGAGGUCCGAACUGGGUGGAAUAUCUCACGGGAUGCGGCGAAAAACCAGGCCUGACAUCACCCCGAACAUGCAAGAAACAGCUUUGGGAUUUUGCAUUCGCAGGUGCGGAUAUUUCAACUGAAUAUACACCUCUCCAUCACAACUUCACCGUUCCUCUUGUAGACCAGAUAAAGCAAUACGCAACAUACGGCCACCAGACGCUUUCCAAGUUCCUCACUACAAGUGAAACCCUAGUAGCAGUCUGGAUCGGCAUCAACGACGUCGGUGAUAGUGCAAAAUAUGCGGUCGAUUUCCCUACUUUCUAUGCCAACCUGACAAAUACACUGUUCAACUCUGUCGAUACGUUAUACGACCUUGGUUAUCGAUCGUAUCUCAUUAUGAAUCUCCCGCCCCUGGAUCGGGACCCGAGUAACGUGGGAAGCAGUUCUCCGAAGCCGAAUGCAACACAGGUAGGGUGGUAUAAUGCUGCCCUGACGGAAAGGGCGGAGAAGUUUGGAAGUGAGAAGAGGGAUGUGGAAAUUCGGGUAUUUGAUGCGCAUUCAAGGUUGACUUGGAUUUUGGAUCAUCCGUGGGAGUUUGGAAUUGUGAACACGACAGAUUAUUGUGCUGGUUAUGACCAGCCAGAUAUUGCAUGGAACUACAAGGCUUAUGGGUGUCCGACACCGCUGAAUGAGUACUUCUGGUACAACACCGGGCAUAUGACGAGCCACACGCAUCGACUUUUGGCGACGGAGUUGGAGAAGUGGUUGCAGACUUAA